AUGAGUAUCCAAAGAGUUUCUUCUUCAGAUACUCCUAUUUGUUCUUCUAAUUGGAAGUAUGAUGUCUUUAUAAGCUUUAGAGGUGAAGAUACUCGGAAGAAUUUCACAGAUCAUCUAUAUGCAGCUUUGACUCGAGAAGGAGUUAAUGUUUUUAGAGAUGCCGAAGAACUUGACAGAGGAAAACCCAUUUCUUUGGAGCUCCUUCGAGCAAUUGAAAGAUCAAGAUUUUCAAUUAUCGUCUUCUCAAGAAACUAUGCUAAUUCCACUUGGUGCUUGCAUGAAAUUGCUAAGAUUGUUGAAUGUAAGAAUACAAUGGGACAAAAUGUUUUUCCUAUUUUUGAUGAUGUUGAUCCAUCCAUGGUAAGAAAACAAACAGGAACGUUUGAGGAAGCUUUUGCUAAGCAGGAAGAAACUUUUCAGGGGAAUAAACAAAAUAUUCAAAUAUGGAGGAAUGCUUUAAUAGAGGUUGCCAAUCUCUCUGGAUGGGAUGUGGAAAACAGACCUGAAUCAGAGUUCAUACAAGAUAUUGUCAAAGAAAUAUCAAUUAAAUUAAGUUUAACAACAUUGAUGACUUCUGAGGGCCUAGUAGGAAUAAAUUCUCGCCUUGAGGAAUUUAAGUUGUUGAUAGGUACAGGAUCUAACGAUAUUCGCAUGAUAGGGAUAUGUGAAAUGGGAGGGAUAGGCAAGACGACAACUGUAAAAGUUUUUCAUGACUUGUUUUCAUAUCAAUUUGAAGGGAGUGCUUUUCUUGCCAAUGUCAGGGAAAUUUCAAGAAAAAGUGGCCUGGUUACUUUACAAAGGCAACUUCUUUUGAAAAUUCUAAGGGGAAGAGAUAAUAACAUAUGCGAUGAGUAUGAUGGAAUUAAUGAGAUAAAUAGAAAGUUGCGUCACAAAAAAGUUCUUGUUGUUGUAGAUGAUGUGGAUCAUAUUGACCAACUAAACAAUUUAGUUGGAAAACGUGAAUGGUUUGGUUUAGGAAGUAGGAUCAUAAUAACAACAAGAGAUAAACAUUUGUUGAUGACUCACAAGGUUGAUGAAGUUUAUGAAGCUAAAGAACUGAAUUGUGAUGAAGCUCUUGAACUCCUUAUCUCGAAAGCCUUUGAAAACCAACAGCCUUCAGAAGACUAUUUGGAGUUGUCCCAACAUGUUGUAAGGUAUGCUAGUUGUCUUCCAUUAGCUCUCAAAGUUUUGGGUUCAUUUUUGUUUGGUAGAACUAUAGAUGAAUGGAUUGACGCACUAAAAAGACUCAAAAGAGAUUCUAAUAAGGAGAUUUUGGAUAUACUUCAAAUAAGUUUUGAUGGUUUGCAAGAAACGGAGAAGAAAAUAUUUCUUGAUGUUGCAUGUUUUUUUAAAGGAGAGGAGAGAGAAUAUGUAACAAGAAUUUUGGAUGGUUGUGGUUUUAACCCAACUAUUGGAUUAAGUGUUCUCCUUGAAAAAUCUCUUAUAACUAUUUCAAAUUUCAAUGAACUAUGGAUGCAUGAUUUGUUACAAGAAAUGGGUAGACAAAUUGUUAAGAGAGAAUCCAUAGAAGAGUCUGGAAAACGCAGUAGAUUAUGGGAUGAGGAGGACAUUCGUCAUGUGCUAACAAAGAACAAGGGGACUGAGCUAGUUGAAUGCAUAAUACUUGGAAAAAAGUUCAAUGUAAGUGCAAGUACUGCAAGUGCUAAAGCCUUUUCAAAGAUGGUCAACCUAAGAUUACUCAAGAUUCGUAGAGUACAACUUCCCGAAGGUCUUGAGUAUCUUUCCAAUGAGUUAAGAUUACUCGAUUGGCAUGGAUACCCUUUAAAAUCAUUGCCAUCAGAUCUUCAAUUAAAUAAACUUGUUGAACUUAAAAUGGACGGUAGCCGCAUCAGACAACUAUGGAAGGGGAACAAAGUAAGAUAA